CGGGAAACAAAAGGAGGUCAAGGGCGCAUGCGUUUGGUAGGUCCCGGAUUCUGGUGGGUCCUUCCGCUCAAGCAGGUGGAAGCGCUUCCGGGUCGCCGGCGGCUACCGCCUUGCGGAGCGUCUAGGAGUCAUGUCAACUUUGUUCCCCUCACUCUUCCCCCGUGUGACUGAGACACUGUGGUUUAAUCUGGAUCGACCCUGUGUGGAGGAGACAGAGCUGCAACAGCAGGAACAGCAACAUCAGGCCUGGCUCCAGAGCAUCGCAGAAAAAGACAACAACCUGGUACCUAUUGGCAAGCCAGCCUCCGAGCACUAUGAUGAUGAGGAGGAAGAAGAUGACGAAGAUGAUGAGGAUAGUGAAGAAGACUCAGAGGAUGAUGAGGACAUGCAGGACAUGGAUGAGAUGAAUGACUACAAUGAGUCACCUGAUGAUGGAGAGGUCAAUGAGGUGGACAUGGAAGGCAAUGAACAGGAUCAGGACCAGUGGAUGAUCUAGCUAGACAGGGCAGGGGUGGUUUCAGGGAGAUCCCUGGCUAGCCCAACCUGCCUUGCACCAUCUGCAGAACCAGCUGAUGGCUCCAGUGCCUGAAAGUGCAACUUCAGGUACCUCCUCACCUGCUGCCAGGAACUGGUCUCCUUGGCCCUUCCCAGGCCAUCAGCCUGCCCUUGAAUCCCUAGGGUCAGAGCUAGUACCUCAACCCAUGAUUCCCAGGUCUGGCCUCUUUCUAACUCUCUUUAAUAAAGACACAGGACUGAUUGUUUUUUCCCCCA